AUGGCCAAUCCAGAGACCGAGGUUGUCAUUCCUGAGGAUGAGACCGCAGCGGACGAAGAGAUGGGCGAAGUAGAGGAGAAUGGCGGCGAUGGGACGGCACCGGGCGGACUUGAGGACAUUGAGCCAGUUGUGCCCACGCGCACCACCUUCUUAGAGUGAGCGCCAUCCCAUUACAGCCCUUGAAGUGGAGCUGAAACACCUGACGCUGGUUCGUGUAGUUACUUGCGCUCGCCGAUUGUCGAGCUGGCUGUUGGUCGGGGUGAAGAUUCAGCAGUCCUCUCUGCGCACCAAGCGCUUCUCACGGCUGCUCCAUUCUUUCAGCAGGAAUGCGCCAAAUUCGGAGCCAACUCACGCCGCCGUAUCGACCUCUCGAGCGAAGACAUAGCAGCAACAUCAUCCGUACUCGAGUAUCUCUACAAGGGCGACUAUUUCCCCACGCUCUCCGGCAACACCACACUAGAGUACGACCCAACUGUCCCACAGCCAGACAACGAGGGUGUUGGUCUUUUGCGCCACGCUAGAGUCUACAACUUGGCAACGCGGUGGGCUCUGCCGGCUCUGGCGGGCCUUGCGCACAGGAAGAUCCACCUCACAUCCUCUACUGCCAAGGGCGAGAUCGCGUACGCACGCUUCGUCUACAAGGAGACCAGCCCCGACGACGAGAACAUCCGGAAGCCAGUCGCAAACUUCUGGGCCACACGAUCGCAUGUUCUACGUCACGAAGCCGAGCAAGAGUUCAAGCGCAUGUGUCUCGAAUUUCCACAGUUCGGUUUCGACGUUCUUACCUUGGUACUCGAUCAGCAAGAGAAGCGCAGCCAGCGUCAAGCAGAGGCCGGCAGCAGUGGUGGUGCGGGUCGGAAGCGACAGAGGGUACUUUAAACUUUACAUGACAAGCCGGAAGCUGUAUGCUGACCAUUUGUGUGUAGCAGGUUCUCUAA